AUGACUAACUGCUUUAUUGGAAUAGACGUGGGAUCGAAAUCGGUGCGGGCGGUUGCAAUUGGUUCUGAUGAUGGGGCUAUCUUGGCAAAGUGUGAACAUCCUAUAAGCUAUGAAGUUGAUGCUCAAGAUAAAUCAUAUAUUACAUCCAGCCAGGAAGACUUAUGGAAUGCCACUGUACACUGCAUAAGAGGAGCAAUAGAGCAUAUAGCCUUUGAGCCAGUAGUUGAGGCAAUUUGUGUUGAUGCCACCUGUUCGUUGGCAGUUUCAAAAGUGACUUCUAAGGGUACCGUCUUGCCACAAGACACUGAUCAUUUAUAUGGAGAAGGAAAAUAUCAAGAGAAGGACAGAGAGAAGGAUAAAGAUAAGGAUAGAGAGAAAGAUAAAGGAAUAGUCUUUUGGAUGGAUCAUAGAUCAAAGGAAUGUUGGACACCAGACGGAUGUAAAGAAUACCUGAACAAACUUGGGGGAUGCUUUAUUCCGGAAAUGGCAGUACCUAAAGUGCAGAAGAUAUAUCAUGAUUUAAAGCAUCUGGGAAGGGAGGCAGAGUUCCAGCAACUUCUCUUUUUUGACUUGCACAACUGGUUAGAGUGCAUGCUUAUUGAUGGGCCGCAGAAUUUGAACGCAAAAGGCAGUACUCUGAGUGAAGAGUGGUACAAUCAUGAAAAUAUCGGUAUUGAUGGCUCUUUGGCAGGUUUCACACUUGAAUUCUACAACCGAAGCUGCAAAAUUCCCUUGGAAAGUGAACAGGUUAGACAAGGAAGGUCGAGACUUGACUCAGGGGUGCCAUUUGCAGGUGAAGUACUUGGAACCGUGAAUAAAUCGCUUGAAUCUGCGUUAGGAAUAAAGCAAAAGCAACCAGUGAACGUUUGCUCGGGUCUAAUAGAUUGUUAUGCUUCAUUCUUUACAAACUUCGCCACAAACAAUGUGCCUCAAAACCAAAUAUGUGCGGAGAAUACCGUUAUAAUGGUAGCGGGAACAUCAGCAUGCUAUCUAACCGCUUCUAGAAAGCCAAUUGAACCUCCUAAUGGUAUGUGGGGAGGAUUCCAAAUAAUGCCUGGCCAGUGGUUUUAUGAAGGAGGACUUAGCUGCUGCGGAAUACUUCUUGAAAACCUUUUUGAUUAUCAUCCAUGCUCCCCAAAUGCUAGAGGGAUGAAUCCGAAAUCAGCGUCUUUUUGGUACGAGGUGGAUCGAAUGGUCAAAGAUGAGACUUCAGCUUUUUCUUGUCCAUGGAUGAUGAAUGCUACGAAGUACUACAGUGGCGAAUAUCUUGGGAAUAGAACUCCAUUUAAUGACUCACAAAUAUCUGCGUAUAUGAUUGGCGGAUCGAUGGUUCCGGACAGAGCCGAUUUCGUGUCGAGGUAUCUUCUUAUCCUAGAGCACAUAGUGUUGGAAUCACGGUUGAUGUUGCAGUGCUUUGUGGAAGAUUCCUUUCCUGUUAAGAACAUUCUUGUGUGCGGUUCUUUUUCGAAAAACAACCUUUUUCUGGGUUUGAUGAGCCAGGUAUUGCACGCGAAACUUGGAAUAUACGUUGUGAAGUCGGCAGGAAAUGCCGUUGAUGAGAAAUUCCAGUCUGCAUUGGGGAUGGCUCGUUUGGCGAGAUCAAAACUUACAAGUUGCGCCAAGUUAGAUGCCGGCACGUUUAGCUUUAUACACUCGGAGGAUGACCAGAAACUCGUUGAGCUGAUGGAUGUGAAGUAUGAGAUGCUCGAGCACAUGAUUAGGCUACAGCAAUCGUUCAAUGAUAGGGUUCAUAAUAUUACAUGA